AUGGCUGCGCUGUGGGAGAACAACGGCCAGAUGGGCCAAUUCCCACUGGAGCAGUGGUUCUACGAGAUGCCGCCCGUCACUCGAUGGUGGACAGUUGCCACGGUGGCAACCUCGGUGCUCGUGCAGUGUCAUAUCGUGACUCCAUUCCAGCUGUUCUAUAGCUUCCGCGCCGUCUACGUUAAAUCACAGUACUGGCGCCUUUUAUCAACGUUCCUCUACUUCGGUCCACUCAAUCUCGACCUCUUAUUUCAUGUUUUCUUCCUUCAACGCUACUCCCGCUUGCUGGAGGAAUCCUCCGGUCGCUCUCCGGCGCACUUCGCUUGGCUCAUCUUCUACGCCAUGUCCUCACUGCUCGUUAUUUCACCCUUCCUGUCACUACCAUUCCUUGGUACGGCCUUAUCGUCGAGCUUGGUUUACAUCUGGGCCCGUCGCAACCCAGAGACUCGUCUGAGCUUUUUGGGCUUGCUAGUCUUUACGGCUCCUUACCUGCCGUGGGUCCUUAUGGCGUUCAGUCUGAUCGUGCAUCGCAUUGUGCCCAAGGAUGAGAUUUGUGGCAUUGUGGUGGGUCACAUUUGGUACUUCUUCAAUGAUGUCUACCCGACGCUGCAUGGUGGCCACCGGCCUCUUGAUCCGCCCGCUUGGUGGCGUCGGCUCUUUGAGCAGGCCGCGGACCAGCCGACUGAUGCCACAAAUGUAAACCAAGAGUUUGCAGCGGCUGCGGCGCCUGAAGUGCGGUAA